UCUCACGUUGCCACUGAUUUGGGCAGGGUUGGCAAUAGAUGCAGUUAGUCGCAAUUUGUUUUUCGAUGCAUUACACUCGAAGUAGUUGUGAAUUUUCCGGGUGAUAAGGGAGCGCUUGAGCACCACUGCCUGUACCAUUGCAUGAGUUUUCCUCAGGGUUUCUCAGUUGUUCGUUGGCCUUUUUUUGCUGGCCAGUGGCGCGCGUCGGCAAGUCCCUGCGAUCCGGGAAAUUGACUCUGUCGUAUCGCCUCCGAAAUUCCGAGUGCAGGGGAGGAGAAUUCGGUGACAUAUGAAAUGAAAGGUCGAAUAAAGUCACACGGGGCCAGAAUUAUCGGGUAAUUAUAACUGUUUUGUGCGGUUGCAGCGGCUUUGGAGAGAGACUUGCAGACAAAUUCCUGGGGAUUUUGCCGCUGCUAUUGGUUUAGAGGUGUAUGUGCUGUGUUGAGUGAGAUAUUUGUUGUGGUAGUGUCACGGCUUCCGAGGGACUGUGGAAAUUUUGACGGCCAGUACUGUUACUCGUCUCCAACGGACUCGAGUCACUUUUUUUUUCUUUUAAUCCCUCCCCCGGUGAGAAACCCACCGAUUAGCGCUCUCUGCCUUUGGUGGCUCUCUCCUGUUUAUGUUAUUUUUUUAUUUUUUAUUUUUUCGGUUGUUUUAACGUUACGUAAAGUUAUCGAGAGGUGGACAAUCACGAUAUUGUUGAAAUACAAGGCGUUAUGCUGAUGGUGAAGCGAAAGUGAAACGUGGAUUAAUGGGAUAUGGGAAAAUUAUGAAAUUUCGGGGGGCUUGGGAAAUUGCACGGGUUCUUUGGUGAUUGCUGGAGGGAGGGAGUGACAGUAUUUCGAGGAUUUUCGGCACUCUUAGAGCUAGGGACAGUGUGAUAACACGGCUAUUGUGAUUAACACUGUGAUUUCAACUUUCUCCUCGCUAUCGCUGUUCAAUUGACUUUGACAAUUGUCGUUUGUGGUAUCAAUAGGGGUUUUUAACCACCACUGAGAUGCCGUUGUUCGGUAGAAAAGAGUCCAAUAAAAAACUCAAGAAGGAUGGCAAGGACGAUAAAUCCGCCUCCGUCGACGAUAAAUACGUACUUAAGGAACUCCUCGGAACCGGGGCAUUCUCAGAAGUGCGACUAGCCGAGAGUAAGGAAAGACCUGGGCAAAUGUUUGCGGUGAAAAUAAUUGAUAAGAAGGCGCUGAAAGGCAAGGAGGACUCACUGGAGAAUGAAAUAAGAGUGCUACGAAGGUUCAGUGAAACAGUGACACCACAGAGUGGUGCAGGCCAGAUGUCGGAUAGUAGUGGCGAAAGAGGAUGGUUGAAACAUCCCAAUAUCGUUCAGCUGUUGGAGACCUUCGAGGAUAAGCAUAAGGUCUAUCUCAUAAUGGAAUUGGUGACGGGAGGAGAAUUAUUCGAUAGAAUAGUGGAGAAGGGGUCGUACACGGAGAAGGAUGCCUCAGGGUUGAUAAGACAAGUGUUGGAGGCUGUGGACUACAUGCACGAACAGGGUGUCGUACAUCGGGAUUUGAAGCCUGAGAAUCUUCUUUACUACAGCCCAGAUGAGGAUAGUAAAAUUAUGAUAAGUGACUUUGGUCUUUCGAAAAUGGAGGAUUCGGGGAUCAUGGCGACUGCUUGUGGCACUCCGGGAUAUGUUGCUCCCGAAGUACUGGCACAAAGGCCCUACGGCAAGGCCGUCGACGUAUGGAGCAUAGGGGUCAUAUCUUACAUCUUGUUAUGUGGCUAUCCACCAUUCUACGACGAGAGUGAUGCCAAUCUCUUCGCACAAAUUUUGAAAGGUGAGUUUGAAUUCGAUUCACCAUACUGGGACGACAUAAGCGAUUCAGCCAAGGAUUUCAUUCACAAACUCAUGUGCGUUAAUGUCGAAGAGCGAUACACUUGCAAGCAGGCUCUAGCACAUCCAUGGAUAUCAGGAAAUGCAGCGAGCAAUAAGAAUAUCCACGGUACUGUAUCGGAACAACUUAAAAAGAACUUUGCCAAGUCGAGGUGGAAGCAAGCCUAUCACGCGGCCACGGUUAUACGCCAGAUGCAGAGGCUGGCCCUCAACAGCGGACAACAGCAGCAGCAGCAGCAGCAACGGGGACAGGGAUCCCUAGGUUCGACAGGCCCCUCCAUAGGCAACCCAACGGCAUCCAGAGGGGAUCAGUCGCAAAUAACCAAUCCGAAUCAUCGCCAUCGGACAUCGGGAGCAACACCAAAUACAUACAACUGAAGCAAAUACUUGAGCCACCGAUUAAUCCACCCACUUUACCUAACGCUUCUUGCUCACAAAUGUACUUUCGUCACAAACG